AGAUACAGAGUUCAGUGUCAGGGUUACAUCUGAUCCCUGUCCUGUAAUAUCUGGAUCAGUAUCUGUAUUUAAGCCUGUCGUAUCUCUCACAGUUCACCCCGGAGGACAAAAGUCAGCUCUGUGUAUAUGAACAGUCACAGCGACACAACGGCAGCUCACACAGACACACACACUGAAAGCACAACAUGGCGCAGAUGGAGGACACACAGGACACCACGGUCUCCUUCUCUCAGGGGACUCGCAUGCUCUUCUAUCUCAUGUCCCCUAACGAGACCUCGUUUGCGGAAGUGGAGAAGGUUCCGGAAUAUGUUCAGCAGGCCACUCCAUUCUUUGUUGGAAUGAUCUUGUUGGAGGUUUUGCUGGGUUGGCUGAAGACCGGGGACCUUCCUAUCAAAAUUAAUGAUGGGACCACAUCUCUGUCAGCAGGCAUGAUGUCACAAAUGCCCCAGCUCUUUGUGAGAAGUUUGGAGGUUUCCAGUUACAUAUAUAUUUGGAACAACUUCCACAUAUUGGAGUUACCUUGGGACUCAGCUUGGACUUGGUGGCUAGCGUUCCUAGGUGUGGACUUCGGAUACUACUGGCUUCAUCGAUGUAGUCAUGAGCUUAAUAUCCUGUGGGCUGCUCAUCAAGUUCAUCACAGCUCUGAGUACUACAACCUGACCACAGCACUUCGGCAAUCCGUAACACAGCAGUUUGCUUCAUGGGUGUUCUACCUCCCCAUGGCAUUAAUCGUUCCACCGUCGGUCUUUGCUGUGCACAUUCAGUUUAAUUUGCUCUAUCAGUUUUGGAUCCACACUGAGAUCGUCAAGGAUCUCGGCCCUCUGGAGUGGAUCCUAAACACGCCUAGUCAUCACAGAGUUCAUCAUGGGAGAAACCGUUAUUGUAUUGAUAAGAAUUAUGGAGGAACGCUCAUUGUUUGGGACCGAAUGUUUGGAACCUUUGCUCCAGAAGAUGAUAAAGUCAUCUAUGGACUCACACACCCCAUCAACACUUUCGACAUUCUGUCUGUUGAGUUUGAGUACUACGUAUACCUGUGGCACCAGUUCCUCAAUGCUGAUGGUAUUACAAACAAGCUGUCUGUUAUCUUUAAUGGACCAGGAUGGACACCGGGCAAACCGAGGCUAGGAGAUCCCGACGAUCUACCAGAGGUCACAGGAAAGGAGGUUCCUCACAACCCAGAAUGGUCAACUGUACUUCAGGCUUAUGUGCAUGUGCAGUUCCUUCUUGUGCUGCUCAAUUAUAACAACUUAUUUGAAACAGAACAAAUGCUGUCUCAAACAACUGUGCUGCUUAUCACUGGAUACAUAUUACUCACACUUACCACCCUCGGGUAUAUCAUGGACCAAAGUCCUAAUGCUGCUGUAUGGGAGAUGUCACGCUGCCUGUUAAUGUUGGCACUCCACAGGCUUGGUUAUAUCAGCUCUACGGUACCUCUACUGGCACUUGCAACAGAGGUUUUUGCUUCUCUUUCGGCAGUCUACUGGGCUCUUCGGUGUUUCAGCAAGCUGGCUAUAAAGGAGAAACAUCACUGAAACUAAAUGAACAAACACAGAAUGUAUUUUUAUAUAUCCUAAUUUGGCUACAGUCUUUAAUUAGAAUAUCAUCUACCAAACAGUGUAACUGAUGAAUGUGCAGCGUGGAAUAUGAUCGAGCUGUUUAUAACUUUUCUUACAUCUGCAAUGAGGUCCAGGAAAUUACUACUACCUCUAUUAUUAUUAUUAUUAUUAUUAUUAUUAUUAUUAUUAUUAUUAUUAUUAUUAUUAUUAUUAAUAAUAAUAAUAAUAAUAAUAAAUCAUUUUUCAUUUUGAAUGCAACAGUAGACCAUUCAUAUGAAAAUAUAAACAAAAUACACUAAACAGUAAAUGUACCAUCUUCAUACUCAUAUGUUUUUGGGAUGAACUGGCAACCCAGGUCUCCUCAACCAACAUCGGUUCCUGACUUCACUAAUCCUCUUGUGUACAGUAUAAUGUAAUAUAAUUUCAACUACAUUUGUUUAUCUUUGAAAACCAAUUGUUGAACCCACUUUUAUCAUUUUCUGAAGCUCACUUGAUUGUACAGCUGUAUAACAGCCCACAAGGUGGCAUCAGAACUGCAUCACUUUCAUUACAAGAUCACUUUUCAUUUCUAUUGAGGUCACUGAGUAACAGAUCGAAUCACACUGAACUACACUCACUUGGCACACAGCGUAGCAAAUGAGAAAAGAAAUAAACAGAGGUGCAAUCAUGCGUA